CCUAUUCUCGUAGUCAAGAAGCCGGAAAGUUGUUAUAAUUUAAUUGCUGAAAAAAUAACUGCUCCAAAAAUAAUACUAUUAAGUACUUAGGUUGUAACUUUGUAUUAUUAUUAAAAUACUGUAAACGAAUCUAUUUUUUUAAAUAACUAUGGAAGUGUUAAAAGAAUGCACAGCUUAUCUUAGUAACCAUGAAGUUUUAAACAUAUUGCAAGGAAUGAAAUCAAGUAAAAAGCAAAAUUCAGAACAACAGUUAGCUACCAUUACUUAUCAGACUGUGAAAUAUCUGGAAAAUAUACCAUCCAGUAAACAAUCUCCAGAAAAGAUUCGUAGCUUUUUAAAAGCUGUCGAGUCAUUUAAAUUAACAAAAUGUGAAAAAUUGACGUUACUGAAUUUGUGUCCAAAAACUGCUCUCGAGAUUCAACUGAUUGUGGAAGACAGUGAAGAUCGCCUAUCGGAAGAAGAUGUUGCAUCAUUAUUACAAGUGAUUGUGGAUAAUUUAGAAGAAAAAGAGGAACAACCCAGUUGAAGUAAUAUUUAGAAAAAAUAAAUCAAUUAUAAUUGUUUUGAGUUAACUCACUGUUAGCAGAAAUCUUCGUUGAGGAAACUUGUUGCAGAAUUUUACUUUAUAACUGUAUUUUUAUGUUAUAACGAGAGUGAAUUUAGUAGAAAAAUUGUAAACACAUCGUUGGUUUAAUUGUUAAACAUAGACUUACAGCAUCGUUUAUAAUGUUAAUAUAGAGAUAAAAAUAGAUAAGUGAAUAAGAAAGUUUAUUACAAAUAUAAUUGAUAAGUUUUUCUACAUGGAAAAAAGAUUUUCAAUAAAAAAUAUGUUUUUCAAAUAAAAAA